GUUCUUUUUGACUGUAUGAAUGAUUUUUUACUUUUGGGGACGUCAAUGUUAGCUACCGCAGUUGGUCUUUACCUUAUUCCUUUUUGCAAGAGAGCAGUAUUAUUGAUAGUCAUGAUGUCUGUCCUUGGUGCUUCAAUAGGUAUCCUGGAUACAGGUUGUAAUGUCCUCAUCUUGGAUAUUUGGGGGGAUGAAGGAGCCCCACACAUGCAGUCUUUACACUUUGGUUUCGCCUUGGGUGCCUUUCUGGCUCCACUUCUGGCUAAAUUGGCCUUGGGUACCACAGUGUCUGCUGAAAACCACACAGAGCCUGACUUUCAGCCUCCAGCCACCAAUGGAUCACCUGAAGCUGACUCGGUCUCUCUGUUUGGAUUGCCUGAUGACAUGAAUCUCCUGUGGGCUUACGCUUUUAUUGGCACUUAUGUUUUUAUAGUGUCUGUCUUCCUGUUUGCUCUGUUUUUCAAGAAAAGCUCAAGGCAGGAAAAAUCAAAAGCAUUUGCUCAGGAAAGUCGAAGAGCUGAAUAUCACAAGAGCCUUCUCUGCCUCCUUUUCCUGUUCUUCUUUUUUUACGUUGGAGCAGAGAUAACUUAUGGUUCUUAUGUUUUCUCCUUUGCCACCACCUAUGCUGGCAUGGAAGAAAGUGAAGCAGCUGGGUUGAACUCCAUCUUCUGGGGGACCUUUGCAGCCUGCAGGGGCCUGGCGAUCUUCUUUGCUACCUGUCUACAGCCUGGCACCAUGAUUGUGUUGAGCAACAUUGGCAGCCUGGCUUCAUCUUUGUUUCUGGUGCUUUUCAACAAGAGUCCACUUUGUCUCUGGAUUGCCACUUCAGUGUAUGGGGCCUCGAUGGCAGCCACAUUUCCCAGUGGUAUUUCCUGGAUUGAGCAGUACACAACCAUAAGUGGGAAAUCUGCAGCUUUUUUGGUAAUUGGUGCUGCCCUGGGAGAAAUGGCUAUUCCUGCAAUAAUUGGAAUUGUUGAAGGACAAUAUCCAGAUUUGCCGAUAGUUCUGUACUCCUGUUUGGGGUCAGCAAUAUCCACUGCUGUUAUAUUUCCUGUGCUGUAUAAAUUAGCCACCUUGCCUCUGGAUCGCCAGCAAAAAGCAAACAGAAAGAGUGAGGACAAGAAAGCCAUGCCCUCUAGUUCUAGGUUAUAA